UGGCUGUGGCUAGACCUCACAUUCAACCAUCUGUACUGGUUGAUCUCUUUCUCCUCCAAUGGGUAGCAGUGCUGUGUGGGUCUUCUUGCCUCUUGAGAUGAUCAUUGCUGUAGCUUGUUGUCUGGGCAACACGCUGGUGAUCUGGGCAGUGUGGACAUGUGGAGCCCUCAGGCAGCCCACCUUCUGCUUCAUUGUGUCCCUCGCUGUGGCUGAUUUCCUGGUGGGAUUGGUGGCCAUCCCCAUUGCUGUGCUGGUCGACAUUCGCAUGACCACCUCCUUUUAUGGCUGCCUUUUCAUGUGCUGUGUCAUCAUAAUGCUACAAGUGGCUUCUGUCGUCUUACUCCUGGCCAUCGCAGUGGACCGUUUUCUCAGAGUGCACAUCCCACUGACGUAUAAGGCCACAGUCUCUAAGAAACGCUUAUGGAUCGUGGUGGCACUCUGCUGGGUCAGUGCUGCGUUGCUGAGUUUUAUCCCCAUGUUUGGAUGGCACAGAUCUUUGGGUGCAGACAGAAUUCAAUGCAGCUUCUUAACUGUUAUUUCCACUUCCUAUGUAGUAAACUUUAUUUUCUUCAGCUUCUUUCUUCCUCCUUUGGCUCUCAUGACAGGCUUGUACUGUUACAUCUUUCUGACCACUCGAAGGCAGUUAAGAGCAAAUAUCGGUGUGGCUGCCGUGUCCAGCACAUAUUACCAAAAAGAACACAGACUGGCUGCUUCACUGGUUCUGGUCUUGGUUCUGUUUGUUGUCUGUUGGCUCCCAGUUUUCCUCACAGUCACUGUAAAAUUAUAUAGUCCUAAUAUUGAGGUGCCCUCUGUUGCCAUUGACAUAGGUGUCCUCCUCUCCCAUGCUAAUUCAGCAGUUAACCCCAUAGUUUAUGCGUUUAAGAUCCCCAAGAUAAAAGAAGCUUGUAAGAAGCUGUGGAGAAGAGUUUAUCAUGACCGAGAACAGCAGAGUGAACAGAACAACACACAGAAUAAUGCAGAAAACACUGGUACAAAAGACAACAGUACAGAAAACAGGAGUACUAACUUGAGCUGAUCUGACUUAACCACACCACCUACACAAGAAUUGCUGUUUCCAGUAUUUGGAAUGUAUCUCAGAUUAAAGUUUACACUCUAUUUUAA